GCACAGCCACUCAAAGAGUCCCUGUUGCAUCUCCAUCAGCUCAUAAUAUCAGCAGUGCUGCCCCGAGAGAGGACCAACUUCCCUCGUGGAGUAUCAAGUAGAAGCACUUUUCACGCUGGUCAACUUCGCCAGGCUCGGGACCAGCAAAACAUGCAGUUUGGAGGUGUAACACCAGCUUCUCCUUCUGGCAAUAGCCAGGGGCGGCGUGGAGCCACUGGAAGCAUAUUCAGCAAAUUUACAUCCAAAUUUGUACGAAGGCCUACCCUGACAGUGGCAGAAAAGGAGAAAGAAGACCUGAGGGACUCCAAGCCACGUUCAUUGCGCUUCACAUGGAGUAUGAAAACCACCAGCUCAAUGGAACCCAAUGAGAUGAUGAGUGAAAUACGCAAAGUGCUGGAUGCCAACAACUGCCAACAUGAACUACAAGAGAAGUACAUGCUGCUUUGUAUCCAUGGUUCACCCGGGCAUGACAACUAUGUACAGUGGGAAAUGGAGGUGUGCAAGCUUCCACGCCUCUCUCUAAACGGUGUGCGCUUCAAAAGAAUCUCUGGCACUUCUAUGGCAUUUAAGAACAUUGCCUCCAAAAUUGCCAAUGAACUCAAACUUUAA